AGUACAUAGAAAAGUGAUCCAAAAUGAAAGGAGCUAACACUUCUAUUGUAAUUUUUUCCCUCUUGGCUUUGGCUUCCACUUUCGCCUCAGCCUCAGACCCCAGCUCUCUCCAGGACUUCUGUGUAGCCCUCAAUAGCACCAAGAAUGCUGCUGCAGUGUUUGUAAAUGGGAAGUUCUGCAAGGACCCAAAGCUUGUCACUGCAAAUGAUUUCUUCUUUUCAGGUCUCGAUAAAGCCGGAAACACGUCGAAUGCGGUGGGAUCAAGGGUCACUCCGGUCAAUGUUGAUCAAAUAUCGGGACUUAACACACUCGGCAUAUCCCUGGUUCGAAUUGACUAUGCGCCUUAUGGUGGCCUAAACCCUCCUCACACACACCCUAGAGCCACCGAGGUCCUAGUCGUGACGAAGGGUAAGCUGUACGUCGGCUUCGUGACAUCGAAUCCCGAUAAUCGUUUAUUCACCAAAGUUCUUAAAACUGGAGAUGUGUUUGUUUUCCCGGUCGGUCUCAUUCAUUUCCAAUUCAAUAUCGGGAAGACGAAUGCCGUCGCCUUUGCCAGUCUUAGCAGCCAAAAUCCGGGAGUUAUCACCAUUGCUAAUGCAGUGUUCGGCUCUAACUCACCUAUCAAUCCUGAUGUGCUUGCUAAAGCCUUCAAACUGGAUAAGAAAUUGGUGGAAUAUCUUCAGACACAGUUCUGAUUGAAUCACAUGGAGUUGGUUUGAGCUGUUUUGGUUUUUUUCCCCCCACCUGUCAUUGUUAUAGUUUUGAACCUCUCUGUCUAUGUUUAUGUUUGGCUAUUUCGU